UCCUCCAUCCGAUCCUACACUACUGUUUGUAUCUGUAGGCAGUAGGCUGUACCCAAAUUCUUCCCCUCGAUCAUUGAUGGUGGUGUGGUGUGGUGUGGGUGGAGCUUUAUGUAAUCCCAUUAUCCCUUCCAUCUUCUUCUUUCUCCUAAUAUUCCUGUUCCACCCUCUCUCUCUCUCUCUCUCUCUCUCUCUCUCUCUCUCUCUCUCCACCAUAUACUUGAUAUACGUCAUUGUCAAUUGCUUCACCUUCUCCUUUUUGUCUAUUUGCUCUCAUAUUCCUCCAACUCUUUUUUUGUGAUUUUCAACUUCAAAAGGAGAAGUGAUUUUCCUCAUUAUGUGAUCCCCGUUCAGUAUUAGUAGUAAUAAAGUCUGGGUUUUUUUUUUCUUGGAAUUUUGGAAAGAAGAAUUUUGUAUUACGAUGGGUAACUCCGGGAGCAGCGGCCGGCGGAGGAGCGGCAGCAGUGGGAGGGACCACCAGUCUGCGCCUCCACCGCAGGCGGCGGAGGCGGAGGUCAGCUCCAACCGCUACCUCUUUGCGGCGGCGACGCCUUUCCCUCCCCAAUACCAAAACCCCAACGCUCCGCCGUAUUACCCGUUCCGCAUGGACGCGAAUUUGGUUAACGGACGGUACCCGUGCGGGCCCGUGAUGGCCCCGCCGGCACCUUAUGUGGAGCACCAGACAGCCGUGACGAUACGAAAUGAUGUGAAUCUGAAGAAGGAGACGCUUCGGAUCGAGGCGGACGAGGCCAACCCUGGCAACUACCUCGUUUGUUUCACCUUUGACGCCACCGUUCCAGGAAGCAUGACUGUAAUCUUCUUUGCGAAAGAAGGUGAAGACUGCAUAGUGACUCCUAUGAUGGAAGCUUUGCUUCCACCAGUGACAGUGCAGUUCCAACGAGGCCUAGCUCAGAAGUUUAGACAGCCAUGUGGAACUGGCAUUGACCUUUCAAUGUUCGAGGAAGCGAAAUUGUCGAAGGAAGGCGACAUGGAUGUAUUUCCCCUGGUAAUCAAGGCAGAAGCAUCCCGAGAUAGCCAGAGGGAUACGGUGGAUGGGUGCACGGUUUCUGGUCAGACAAACUCUCAGAUAACUCAGGCAGUGUUUGAGAAGAGCUGCGAGCCUCAUGUCAGGAUAGUUAAGCAGAUUUUGUGGGUGAAUGGCAUGAGGUAUGAGUUGCAGGAGAUAUACGGGAUUGGAAAUUCGGUUGAUGAAGAAGGUGAGUUCGAUGGAAAUGAUCCCGGGAAGGAAUGCGUCAUCUGCCUAUCUGAACCCCGCGACACUACUGUACUUCCUUGUCGCCACAUGUGUAUGUGCAGUGGGUGCGCAAAAGUUUUGAGGUUUCAGACGAACCGAUGUCCUAUUUGCAGACAGCCAGUCGAGCGUCUCUUGGAGAUCAAGAUCAGCGCUGAUGAUGUUGCUGAGGAGUGAAGAGACUCUGAGAGUUGUUGCCACCUCUCUCUGUAAAUGCUUUAUUCUACUUUCAUUUUCCCAGUAACCAGACUGGAAGUCCCAACCAUGAGUUUGCAGUUAGAGUUGGAUAUUCUAUUUAGAAUCAUAAUCCCCACCAUUUAUAUGUUAGAGUGAGUAUACAGUUUGAGAUUGAUGUCUAGCUCUGAUCUGGUAUGGUUGAUUGUUUGCUAUUUUGAACAUUAUGAUAUUCUGUUCAGUUGCAGCUAUGUUUGCUCCACUUUGGGGGUUUAUCUGAUUUUUUGCCAGAUAAAAUAAGGUGAUUUAGUUCAUUUGGAAACUGUGUUAUUAUGUUCAGAUGGUGCAACAAUGCCCAAUCAAAUUUUAAUUUAAAAUAUUAUAUUUUUU